CUUGUCGGACUAUAAGAAAAUUUUGGUUUCUAGAGCGUAUUUGAGUUAGUGAGAAUCUCCAACCUUUUCUAUUAAUAGGCUUGAUAGGAGUGGAUAUAUGCAUUAAGAUCACAUGCUCUCUUGUGCAACAUUAGAAAACACACAGAAAUGAUUUUACAAGUUCAACAUAGUCAAUAUGAGUAUGCCUAUAUACCUUCCCCAUACGUAGUCCACCGGAAAGAUAGUUUACAGCCCUAACUCUCUCUCUCUUCUCUCUCGGCGAUUGAUCUACCAACGUCAUCGUCAUCUGCAACAAAGGAAGAUGUACUGUAAUUAGUACUUGUUAACCGAGCUUGGUUCAUUAAUUAAUAACGGAUCAAGUUUAAUUUAGAUGAUGUGCGUCACCACAAGUCCACAACUUCCAAACCGGGUUAAACCAAACAUGGUCAUGUGGGUACUUAAUUGUAGUAGCGUUCAUAGUAUUUUUUGAAGUCAAAAGCCAAUUUACUGAUAUGAACUUCUUUUACUGAUACUGCUAUGAAUUAGUAGCGUUCAUAGUAAAUAUCCAUUUACCAUAUUAACUUCUUUACAAAUGUCAAAUUUUGAGAUUCGGAUGCAUGAUAAUGUCUUUCUUACAACAAAGAAAGUUCUGUUUUCAAUCGAACAGAAAAUGCAACUAGUGUGGGAAAGCAAAUUCAUGACAAUUUCAUGCAAAAUUACGUUGCCGUCUCUAAAUAGCUUAUUCCAUAACCAUGAUCCUCUCUAAAUUAUUCAUAAAAAACCACUUCGCUGUGAGGAUGCAUCAAACUUGUAUUACAAUCUUUUUUUUUCUUUUUUCACUUUGUCAAAGCAAAAUGGAUUUAUUAUUGAUUACACUAAUCACUAUCAUAAUCGCAGCCGUCAUACAAAAUCUACGACGUCGUAGAUCCAACAUACCGCCGGGACCACCACCGCAAUUUCUAGUGGGAAACCUCAAUCAACUGAAACCACUAUGGACACAGUCUUUCUCCGAGUGGUCACAGACUUAUGGCCCCAUCAUAUCGGUGUGGUUAGGGUCACAGCUAGCUGUCGUGGUCUCUAGCUCUGACUUAGCUAAACAAGUGUUGAGAGACAAAGACUACCAACUGUGUAACGGAUACAGAACAGCACGAAUGACUCAGAACGGUAGCGAUCUUAUUUGGUCUGAUUACGGAGCACAUUAUGUGAAAAUGAGGAAACUAUGUACACUCGAGCUUUUUUCUCUGAAAAGCAUCGAGUGUUUCAGGUCAAUGAGAGAGAUGGAAGUAAGAUCCGUGGUUAAGUCUAUUUACAAGGACUUGAUGAGCGAUGAUCAGAAGCCGGUGGUGCUGAGGACCUAUCUAGGUUCGGUUGCUUUGAACAUUGUUUCAAGAUUAGUGAUCGGAAAAACGUUCGGACCAAAAGAAGCAAGAGAGUUUAAAUCGAUUGUUGAUAGGGAGACUCGCUUGCCUGGUGCAACCAAGAUGCUUGAUUACGCAACUUGGCUUUCGUCAUGGUUCACUAGCGACAAGGCGUUCAUGAAGCACAUGGCUCGAAGAAAAAAAUGGUUUAGACGAGCUGUAAUGGAUGAUGAAUUCGGAGGAAGAGUCAAGAAGUGUUUUGUUCAGAGUCUUCUAGCGUUGAAAGAGAAGAAUGAGCUGACCGAAGAAACUGUGAUGGGACUGGUCUGGAACAUGUUAACCGCAGGUGCUGACACAACUGCCAUUACGAUUAAAUGGGCAAUGGCAGAGAUGAUCAGAUGCCCGGCCGUGCAAGACUUGCAGAAUGAGCUUGAUGCCGUGGUUGGAUCAGAACGGUUUAUGUCUGAUACAGAUAUCCCGAAACUGCCAUAUCUGCAAUGCGUACUCAAAGAAGCUCUCCGGCUUCACCCUCCAACACCAUUGAUGCUUCCACAUAAGGCCAGCGAAUCAGUUCAGAUAGGUGGGUACAGAGUUCCUAAGGGAGCCACGGUUUAUGUCAACGUGCAGGCCAUUGGUCGAGAUCCAGCAAACUGGAGUAUGUGUCCAGCUGCACAACUCAGCCUCAAUAUGAUGACUUUAGCACUAGGUAAUUUUCUGCAUUGUUUCUCAUGGAGAUUCUCUACACCUCAAGAGCACAUCGACAUGACUAAGAAGCCUGGAUUAGUUUGUUACAUGAAGACUCCAUUGCAGACUCCAUUGCAGGCUCUAGCUUCGUCCAGGCUACCACAAGAGCUAUACCUUUAACUUUUCACUGAAACAGAUUAUAUCAAUCUACCUAAGAUAAGAGAGAUUCUCAACUGAGAUAAAGCACAUGUAGCAAUGGCAAGAUUUAGGACAUGGCAGAUGAGUUCGUACAAACAGAAUGUAGCUAAUAUAG